AUGGGGACCUUUAGCUUUCGUAGUGAGAAGAGACUUGGUAGAGGUUUCACUUGGAGGCUGGUUGUGCUGGCGAUAGUGUCAGUACUAUGCUUGCUAUCGCUGGGUACUACACCGGACAUGUACGGUAAGUCUCUGUUCAUGUCUAGCAAUACCACUUCCGAUGACUCUGGGUCUCACGAUGCAUUGUCAUGGAAGAACAAGACGACGCUGGCUCAUAUGGUGACAAACUUUCGGAGGAUGGAGUACAAGCAGUUCGAUCUUGUUAACUAUGUGGGCAAUCGCGCCAUUCCUGAGGGAUUAGACAUGGUUGAGUCAUGCAAGCAUAUAGAACAUGAUGCAAAGUUGGAAUAUGGUAACAUUACUAUUCCUAUCAUUCCCAAUUAUAAAGUUUUCAGUGAUUCCAUGAACCAGCCAAGUUCAAGGUUCUACAACUUUCUAAAGAAGCUGGCAAAGGGAAAACCUAUCGAAUCAACUUUCAAGAAAAAGUGGUAUAUGUUUGGUUCUUCGGCAGAAUGGUUAGAGGAAGAACAGUGCUACGUUGUUUAUAGCAGGCUGAUACUCUCUGAGGCCAAUGCUCGUGACCAAGCUUCAAUUUCAUUGAUUGCCGCCCAGGCGUUUGACAAGGACUGGAAUGAACUUUACGGAAAGCGCAUAAGAUACCUAGAUGUUGAAACACCAGAUGACUUUGAAGAGCAAUUGAAAUCAAUUGACACUAAAUACAACAUUACAGAAGAAUGCCUUGGUAAAAGAGAAGACUAUAGUAGCUACUUAGAACCCCAGAGCGAUCCUGACGGGUCAGAAUCAUGUAUAUUAGUAAGUGAAGAAUCAAUUAGACUUGCCGAUAUGGAGAAACAAGAGCUUAUUGACAUGUACUUUCGUACAUAUCCAACCGUCAUAGAUAUACCAUUUAAGACUACUGGAGACUUGCGUUUCAUGGGUCCAGAAGAUCCAAAAGUGAUAAUACGAAGAAAUGCCAAUAGAGAACAAGAGCCUUUAGUAAUUUAUAAUAUGAACGAUAAAAAUUUUGAUAGACGGUUGAUGUUUAUGGUAAUGCCGCAUAGAAAGGUCAACCCCAUCGUUCCAUUGGUUGAUAAAGAAUUUUCCAUCUCAGAAACACAAAAGAAUUGGACACCUUUUAUACGUGAUGAAGAUGCUGUAGCAGAUGGAUCUCGUGGUUUUGUUCAUAUUGUUCAGCAUAUCAUGCCUAUUACGGUGUUAAAAUGCUCGCUUGACGAUGGUAAAUGUACUUAUGAAUUUAGAGCAGAUAAGAUUGAUAAACUAAAGAAAUCUCAGUUCAAGGAUUUAAGAGGUGGAACAUCCUUUGUUCGGGUACCACAAGGAAUACCUGAACUUGACGGCCGCAAACUUUGGCUUGGUGUGAUCAAGAGUCACAUAAUUGGCUGUGGAGGUGCUACACACUUUUAUAGACCACAUCUUGUCUUAAUGGAAGAGAGGGACGGCAAAUACAGCUUUAUAUCUCUUUCCAGUCCAUCACAUUUUCAUCGUGAUGUCCUAAGUUGGGAUAUGAAAACCACAUCAAUGAAGUAUAUCAAUAUAAUGUCCCCCAAUUCCAUUGUGAGUUGGAAUGUAGUUUCACAUGAUCAUGAAAAUGAUUCCUAUGAGGACUACAUAGAGAUGUCGUUUAGUGAAUCUGAUUGUAAGAGUUAUGUGCUGGCCGUUAGAGGCAUGCUAAACUAUAUUCUGCAAGUGUUGAGAGACAGCUCUGACGCCAAAUAUUUGGAUUGGGACUCUAACGAUUUGGAUAUUCGAGUUGGAACAGCACCAAAAUGUGUAAUUUCUAAACUGAAAGAGCAUUGCAAAGAAUAUGGAGCGCUACAUAAAGAACCGAGUAAAUGA